UCCACCAGCACUUCUACCUUCUCUUUACUCUCAUCCCUCUUGUGUGUUGCAGGUUUACCUCCACCCCAGAAAGAUGACUGUCUCCAGCCUGUGGUAUCCAGAAUGCGGGGUGGCCCGGCCUAGUCCAGUUACUGGCAGCUCCAACGAGCCGUGCGUUAGGCAGUGCCCUGACUCUGAAGUGGUGAUCAGACCCUCACCUGUUGUUGUGACCCUCCCUGGACCAAUUGUCAGCAAUUUCCCUCAGCAGAGUGAAGUAGCAGCCGUAGGAGCACCUGUGGUGGGAGCCGGUUUGGGGGGCUCAUUUGGUUGGGGGGGAUUGCGUGGCCAUGGAGGCCUUUACGGAGGGUUGUAUGGUUUAGGGAGGUUAGGUGGUUAUAGUGACCAUUAUGGUUAUGGGGGAUUAUUGGGCCAUGGGGGAUACUGUGGUUACCCAGGUCUUUACGGUUAUGGGGGAUUAUUGGGUUAUGGGGGACACUGUGGUUACCCGGGCCUUUAUGGUUCCGGGGGAUUAUGGGGGUAUGGGGGAUAUGGCCGUAGGUCUCUUGGUGGAUAUUGUGGGCCAUGUUAAACCCAGCAGGAACACCCACAGAAGAAGGAAGAACCAGGAAAUGAACAGCAAGAUACAGAUUCACCCCUGAGCUUUUGGGCAUGGCUUUCAGAAGUGCUGGGCAAACAGGGCUCCAGCUGAACCCAGUGGGAGCUCUGUGUGCUCAGCACCUUGGCCUGACAGCCGUGCUGCAUUUCUAAUGUUACGCUUUAGGACUCUUUCUGCCAAGG